AUCAGCACGAGAUAGAGGGAGUUACUCGAACUUUUCUUGAUAAUAAACUUCAUUCAACAGAGCAAGUCUUUCAUGGAGAUGAAAGAGUAAUGUUUGAAACAUUUUCUCAAUGUGCACAAUGAAAAUCAUCAACAAUCGUACUCUUGGCAAAAAUUUGUCUUUAUCUUUUGAAGUCUUGCUAGUUUAUUAACUGUUAAUUGUGAUAAAUUUGGAAAAUUUAUCCAAUAGUUAAAGAGAAAUUGAGGAAAGACGGGCUUUACUCUUGAAAUACACAAAUUAUUGGUAAUCUGCUUGUGAAUAAAGGUUACAUCAAAUUUUUUUGUUACAUUUGGCAUUUUAAUAUACGUUUUUUAACUAUCGCUAAUUUGUAUCUAAAGUGUGUGAUGUUUAACAUAUCAUCUUAUCAUACACUCAAAUGAUAAACUAAUUGUCACAACCCCGCCAUUGGAUGAAUCUUGAUUGAUACACUUUCAAGGAAAACUUUGCAAGUUAAAACAAGUCGUAACGAUGACAUUUAUUUCAACUUCCAAUUUACUUCUCCAAUGUUAACUCAUCCCACUUAUUGAAUCGAUCCAAUCUACAUAAACUUUUGUUUUGAUGAACUUUUCAUCUCAUGAUGAAUUUUAGAUUAGUAGAUGGUUAAUUUGACUGUUCACCAUUCAAACAAAAGGUAAUGUAGAUGAGAUGUCGACUUUUUUCAAAUAUUAUGAACAAUUUUAUUCGAAUCUAAGCUAUAAUUCUGAUCAUCUUGAUAUUGGUCGUCGUAACCGUUUAAAACUAAUAUUUUCUUGUGAUAAUUAUUGUAAACAUCAGAAUGAUUUCAUCGUCAAACCGCCAAUUCCAUCUAAUACCAAUUCCAGUUCCACCGGUGAAACCUUUACUCCGUCGAACCAUCAAAAGGUUCUUACGUCUUUUACCUUCCAUUUUAUUACUGUUAUUUGUUUUCUCGUUAAUUUUUGUCACUCUAAUGCAAAUCGCUGUAAUCCAUGCUAAUCGUCGAUUCACAAUCAAUAAAGUUUCCACAUUUUCAUCAUCAUCAUUAUCUAGUUCAACUUCAUCGUCCCUCUCAGUGUCUCCAACAAUUAGACCACUAAGACAAGUUAACCAAAUUCAAACAACCGGAAAUACUAAUAAUGUGCUACCUUCAUCAUCUAAUGGACAGCAUUCAGUUUCUUCUAAUGUUAAUGAAAAUAUUGUCAAUGAUAAAGUGUCCAAUUCAACAAUGUUGUUAUCUGCAUCUAUUUCUCAUCCAACCUCAUCUUCAGUAACCAAAGAUCCCAAAAACCCUCAAUUACUAAGUAUUGAGGGUUUACUAGAUAAAAAAACAGCAUCUCGAGACCAAUCCAAUUCAAAUUAUUUCCAAAAUUUGAUAAAUAGCCAACUAGUUAAAAAGAUAAUCAAUAGUAUUAUGUUAGACCAUAAAUUUGGAUUAUCAUCUGUAAAUAGUUCCAAUAUUUCAUCAGAAAAAUCCUUCCAUUCAUCAUCUUCAGCCUUGUCAACUGUGCCCAACUCAUCAUCUCUUUUAUCAACAACCAACACAUCACUUGGGAAUCCGAAUGGGUCAUCCUCUGGUCAGUCAGGAUUGAAACACUCUUGCCCUGAAGUACUUGAGCAAUUGGUGGGUCGAAUCAAAAUUGACCUUGAUAUAAAUUCCAAUGAUUGGACCUCAGAUGAAUCAACAUGGCAUUCAACUGCUCUUAAACAGGGUGGCUCAUGGGAGCCAGAACAUUGUAAUGCUCGUCAUCGAGUAGCCAUAAUUAUACCUUAUCGGGAUCGAUUGGAACACCUUAGGAUAUUAUUACAUCAUCUUCACCCGAUCUUACAGAGACAGUUAUUAAACUAUAAAGUUUACGUAAUCGAACAGUCUGGGAAUGAGACAUUCAAUAAAGGUGUCCUCAUGAACGCCGGUGUUAAAGAAGCCUUAAAAGAUAGUGAUUAUCAUUGUUUCAUCUUUCAUGAUGUUGACCUGAUACCUGAAGAUGAUAGGAACCUUUACUCUUGUCCAUUUGAACCUCGUCAUAUGUCCGUUGCUGUAGAUAAAUUUAAUUACUCUCUUCCGUACGCUUAUUUGGUUGGAGGAGUUUUCGCCAUUACCAAAGCUGAUUUCGUCCAGGUAAAUGGCUAUUCAAACCUCUAUUGGGGAUGGGGUGGGGAAGAUGAUGAUAUGGCUUACAGAUUAAAAUUUCAUAAUCUGAAUAUAACUCGACCUCCCGAAUCGGUGGGACGAUACACAAUGAUAAAACAUAGCCAUCGAGCGGAAUCCCCUGAUAUUGUCAGAACUGCGUUACUCAGGAUGGCGAAACGUCGGGCAACUCGUGAUGGUUUUAACUCAGUUCAAUAUACGAUUUUGGAUAGAAAAGAGGAACCUGAUUAUUGUCAUAUAAGUAUUGAGAUCAGUUCUAUCCAUAGAUGGUCAUUCCCAUCGAAAAAUAAAUUGGUUAUACAUUUUUGAUUGUACAUAUUAAAUAAAUUCGAGACUAUAACUUGUAAAAUUAUCAGAGAAAAUAUUAUAUUAAAUAUUAACAUUGUUACCCUUUGA